AUGGCCGUCCGUUGCCAGUUUGAGAAUUCGUCAGAGAUUGGCGUGUUUGCACGCCUGACCAACUCGUACUGCCUGGUCACCGUCGGUGGCUCGGCGAACUUUUAUUCGACGUUCGAGGCGGAGCUCGGUGACUUGAUACCUGUGGUGCACUGCACCAUUGCAGGCACGCGCCUGGUGGGCCGGCUGACGGUGGGCAACCGCCACGGCCUGCUUGUGCCCAUGUCCACCACAGACCAAGAGCUGCAGCACCUGCGGAAUAGCCUGCCGGACGAGGUGGCGAUCCAGCGCGUGGAGGAGCGCCUCAGUGCGCUGGGCAAUGUCAUUGCCUGCAACGACUAUGUCGCGAUUGUGCAUCCUGACCUGGACCGCGAGACGGAGGAAAUCAUUGCGGAUGUGCUCCGUGUCGAGGUGUUCCGGCAGACGGUCGGCGACCAUGUGCUUGUCGGCUCGUACGCCGCGCUGUCGAACCAGGGUGCGCUGGUGCACCCCAAAACAUCGAUGCAGGACCAGGACGAACUUUCGUCGCUGCUGCAGGUGCCGCUUGUCGCGGGCACUGUCAACCGCGGCUCGGAGCUGGUCGGCGCAGGCCUCCUUGUCAACGACUGGGCGGCGUUCGUCGGUCUCGACACGACGGCCACCGAGCUGAGCGUGAUUGAGUCGACGUUCCGCCUGCAGGGCCAGGAGGCCGGUGCAGUCGUGAACCAGCUGCGCGACGCGCUCGUCGACUCGUAUGCGUAG